AUGAAGAAUGCAAAAGGACAAGACGCUAAAGGUAAGAUCACUGUGGUUAACGUUAGCUAGAUAAUUUGUGUGACUAGUUAGGUAUACGGCGAUUGCUCAGCUGGUUGCCGGUAGCGAGCACUGACCAUGCACGGACUGAGUUACAAACAAUGCACCUGCUGUGUAAAUACAAUGCUGGCUCGUGCGAUCCAAAUUCUAUGUAACGGUCAACACACCACUUUCUGACAAUUUCAGUGAUGCAUGUCUUAUGCAUUUUAUGUCUUACAGCUUUUACACACCCAAGUGUUAGUCAGUACUGACUGCAGAACAACAUUGCUAACAUCAGAUUUCUAUGGUCUUCUCAUGCAUAUAUUGAUGUUUAUUGAAUGAAGGAGAGACAUGUAAGUGUGUGUUUGUCUGUUUAUUUGACAUACACAUUGAUAAAUAACCCUACUAUCAGUCUUUCCAGUUUCAGUGCAAAAUGGCUCACUCCACCAGAAGGAAACUGUACAUGAUAAUGACUUUGAGCCCUAUCUCACUGGCCAAUCCAAUCAGGUGAGUGAGUUUUGAAAUGUGUGUAUCUGUCUGAAUUAGAAGGGGAAAAUGUGACUUAGCUGCAGGGGAAGACCAAAAAUCAAUACUGUCUCACAGGAGGACAGGAGUUUUGCUUGGCUACACUGUUAGCAGAUAUUAUUACCAUUGACAUAAUUAAAGAUGAUUCCUUAAGCACUGCACGCAUGGCCCUUUGGUCCCAAAAUAUGGAUUUUUGGGGUAUAAGCUAACGGUCAUUGGAGUUUUGGUGGUGGUAGGUCAUGUUGAUAUUUAGUUUGAUAUAUCAGGAUUUCAACAACAAAUUGUAUUUACACUCUUUCUAGAACAACAGCUACCAAUCCAUGACUGACCCUUACCUGUCCAGUUACUAUGCCCCCUCCAUUGGAUUCCCCUACCCCCUGAGCGAGGCCCCUUGGUCCACCGGUGGCGACCCCCCUAUCCCUUACCUGACCCCAUAUGCGCCCCUCAGCAAUGGAGACCACCACUUCAUGCAUGACACUGUGUUUGGCCAGCCUGGGGGGCUUGGCAACAGCAUCUACCCACAUAGGUUUAACUUUUUCCCUGAGAACCCGGCCUUCUCCACCUGGGGUACCAGUGGGUCUCAAGGCCAGCAGACUCAGAGUUCAGCCUAUGGGGGCAGCUACAGCUACCCUCCCAGCUCCCUGGGGGGCACACUAGUCUCUGAUGGCCAGACAGGGUUCCACAGUGACACUCUGAGCAAGGCACCAGGCAUGAACAGCCUGGAGCAGGGGAUGCUGGGGCUAAAGAUAGGUGGGGAUGUGUCGGGCAAUGGCUCAGGCGUGAAGAGUGUGGGCUCUGUGAUCGGCGGUGGUGCUGUGGCUCAGGCUGUUUCUACAGGCAACGGUGGAACACCAAUUGGCAUGCCCGCUCCUAAGCCCACGUCCUGGGCUGCUAUCGCCAGCAAACCAGCCAAGCCACAGCAGCUGAAGGCCAAGCCAGGCAUGCCCAUGGGGGGAGCCCUGCCACCACCACCCAUCAAACACAACAUGGACAUUGGGACAUGGGAUAACAAGGGGCCUAUAAGCAAAGUGGCCCCUCCGCUGCCCCACCAACAGCAGCAGCAGCUCCACUCUCAUGGCCACGCCCACCUCCCCCACGGGCUCCCCCCUCCCCCUCAGCAGUCCAUUCAAUCUGCCCAGUCCCUUGUGCAGCAGAUGACCAUGGGCCCGCCCCCCCCGCAGUCAUACCAGAACCACAACUCAGACCCACCCCCUCAGACCCGCUGGGUUGCCCCACGCAACCGUAACCCGGGCUACAGUGGGGGCAGCAUGGACAGCAGCAGUUCCUCUAGUGGUGGGGGUGUUGGGAAUGGAUGCGGAGGGGGUGGAGGUGUGCCUCCAGGUUCUGGCCCAGGUCUAGAGAACCACCCUGUUUUGGAGAAUCUGCGGGCUGCCCACAGCUACAACCCUAAGGAGUUUGACUGGAACCUGAAGAACGGCCGCGUGUUCAUCAUCAAGAGCUACUCUGAGGACGACAUCCACCGCUCCAUCAAAUACUCCAUCUGGUGCAGUACAGAGCACGGUAACAAGCGUCUGGACUCAGCCUUCCGUGCCAUCAAUGCCAAAGGCCCUGUCUAUUUGCUGUUCAGCGUCAAUGGCAGCGGCCACUUCUGUGGCGUGGCAGAGAUGCUCUCGCCCGUGGACUACGGCACCAGUGCUGGCGUUUGGGCGCAGGACAAGUGGAAAGGCAAGUUUGACGUGGACUGGCUGUUUGUGAAAGACGUGCCUAAUAGCCAGCUGAGGCACAUCAGGCUGGAAAACAAUGACAACAAGCCAGUGACCAACUCUAGGGACACUCAGGAGGUCCCUCUGGAGAAGGCUAAGCAGGUGCUCAAGAUCAUUGCCACUUACAAACACACCACCUCCAUCUUUGAUGACUUCUCCCACUAUGAGAAGAGACAGGAAGAAGAGGAGGUUGUCAGAAAGGUAAUCAUAAUUACUGUCUCUUGUUAAUCGCAAAGAUCCUGAACUAACUCAUCAUACAUUAAGGAUAUGUUUAAUCCAUUUUUGUAAAGACCCCCCCCCAAAAAAAAAAAUUAUAUAUAUAUAUAUAUAUAGUGCAUUCGGAAAGUAUUCAGACCCCUUUACUCUUUCCACAUUUAGUUACGUUGCAGCCUUAUUCUAAAAUGCUUUUCUCCCGCUAUGCGUUUGGGGUGGAGAUCGAAUAAAUGAAGUUGUGGCGGAGGUGUGUCUACAGAUACGCCUUAUUCUGACCUUUACUUAAUUCCCUAAUAAUUCCACCACCUUUACACGCGUUGAAACCAUAAAUAAGGUCUAUCGAACCUACCGGUUCCAAGUGGAAAUAGCAUCUACUUUAUUUUUUCCUGAUAGAAAUAAGACCAUUCUCCAUGCACUAUAAUGUCAAAUCAAAAUAAAAUAAAAUGUUAUUUGUCUCAUACACAUAUUUAGCAGAUGUUAUUGCGGGUGUAGCGAAAUGCUUGUGUUCCUAGCUCCAACAGUGCAGUAAUAUCUUAACAAUACACUCACAUCUAAAAGAAUAAAGAAAUAUACACUCCUGCAUUGUCCUGCCUGUGUGCUUAGGGUCGAUGUCCUGUUGGAAGGUGAACCUUUUCCCCAGUUUGAGGUCCUGAGCGCUCUGGAGCAGGUUUUCAUCAAGGAUCUCUCUGUACUUUGCUCCGUUCAUCUUUCCCUCGAUCCGGACUAGUCUUCCAGUCCCUGCCACUGAAAAACAUCCCCACAACAUUAUGCUGCCACUACCAUGCUUCACCAUAGGGAUGGUGCCAGGUUUCCUCCAAAGAGUUAAAUCUUGUUUCUCAUGGUCCUUUAGGUGCCUUUUGGCAAACUCCAAGCGACUGUCAUGUGCCUUUUACUGAGGAGUGGCUUCCGUCUGGCCACUCUACCAUAAAGGCCUGAUUUGGUGGAGUGCUGCAGAGAUGGUUGUCCUUCUGGAAGGUUCUCCCAUCUCCACAGAGGAACUCUGGAGCUCUGUCAGAGUGACCAUCGGGUUCUUGGUCACCUCCCUGACCAAUGCCCUUCUCUCCCGAUUGCUCAGUUUGGCAGGGCGGCCAGCUCUAGGAAGAUUCUUGGUGGUUCCAAACUUCUUCCAUUUACGAAUGAUGGAGGCCACUGUGUUCUUGGGGACCUUCAAUCCUGCAGAAUGUUUUGGCACCCUUUCCCAGAUCUGUGCCUCGACACAAUCCUGUCUCGGACCUCUACGGACAAUUCCUUCGACCUCAUGGCUUGGUUUUUGCUCUGACAUGCACUGUCAACUGUGGGACCUUUAUAUAGACGUGUCCAAUCCAAUUAAAUUUACCACAGGUGGACUCCAAUCAAUUUGUAGAAACAUCUCAAGGAUGAUCAAUGGAAACAGGAUGCACCAAAGCUCAAUUUUGAGUCUCAUAGCAAAGGGUCUGAAUACUUAUGUAAAUAAUAUAUAAAUUAGGAAAAUGUUAUAAAAAUCUGCACUUUGUCAUUAUGGGGUAUUGUGUGUAGGUUGAUGAGAAAUGUUUUAUUUAAUCCAUUUUAGAAUAAGGCUGUAACGUAACAAUGUGGAGAAGGGGUCUGAAUACUUUCCGAAUGCACUGUACAUCUCCUUUACAUAGGGAUGUUUUUAAAAUGUUGGGCCAACCUGAGUUUGUAUUGCUUGAUUUGUCCCAUCACAGACCAAAUGUCUACCGUUUUGUAUUUGUUUGCUGCCGUUUUAUUGUUUUGUGCAAGAGGUGUAACCAUCCCUAAAGGCCUGUUACUUCUUUCAACAGACCUAUGAGCCAGCUCCAAUACAGAGAGGGUCCCGACUUGAUCAGGUAAAUAACCUUUUGAGUGAAGUUUCACCAUUUAUUUGGCUUCUGCCCAUCAAGACAUUGUUCCCUAUGUCUCUAAGGAAAUAAUAAACGAUUGUGGGGGGUGGAAGAUGUCAUUUAUUAAUGGUUUUCGAAUGGUAACAAUUUUGUUAUUUCUUCCCCUCCCCACCCAAGGAACGCCAAAAUCGAAGUAAACCACAAUAGAAGAAUGUUCCUUAUAGCUUGAUCAAUGGUUAUACUUGGAUGGACAUAUUGGAAUUUAGAUAAUGAAAAAAAGAGGACAUAAAGAAAUUGGAAACUCAUAUUUAUUUU